AUGCAAAAUAUUUUUACAAAAUCAAAUAACGAAUAUGAAAAAUUGAUCGAUACGAAAAAAUCAUAUUAUGAUGGUAAUAAUAAGAAAUGUUCGAAUCAAUCAACAUCAUAUCUCGAAUGGGCUGAAUCAUCUUGGACUCGUUGGUUACAUUUAAUAUGUUGGUGGUGGAUUAAACCUCUUCUUUCUAUAGCUUAUACAAGGUCAUUAAAUGAAAAUGAUCUUGAUGAUUUACCCUACAACGAUAAAUCUUCUAUUCUAUUAAAUAGAUUCGAGUCCUAUGACUGGACUAAUAAACCAAUAUGGAAAAUUAUUUUUACACAAUUUCGAAAAGAACAUAUUUAUGUCGGUCUAUUACAUAUUCCAUUUAUACUAACACGUAUUAUUCAACCAUUACUUGUUCGUCAAAUAGUUUUAAAAAUUAUUAGUCAUCCGAAAUCAUUCAUUACAAUUUAUAUAUAUGCUAUUUUAUUAUUUAUAUUCGCAAUUUUAAAUACCAUAUUCUAUCGACAAUCAGAUUUUCUUUCUAUUCGUAUUGGUAUAAGAAUUCGUAAUUCGUUUCUAACAAUGAUUUAUAAACAGUUAAUAUUAACAAAAUUAACAAUAUUACAACAAAUGAAUACUGGUUAUAUUAUUAAUAUCAUCAAUCAAGAUACGAAAAAAUUAGAACAAGCAUUUUCCUAUAUACAUAAACUUUGGCAAGGACCAAUGGAAGCUAUAAUUAUUUUUGGAUUACUUUGUUGGAUUAUGAAACCGAUACCAACAUUAAUUGGAUUUAUUAUAAUGAUUAUAUCUAUUGUUAUACAAUGUAUUCUUUGUUAUAAAAUAGGAAAAUAUUGUAAUAUAACAACAUCUUUUAGUGAUAAACGUGUACAUGCUUUUAAUGAAUUAAUUCAUAAUUGUGAUAUUAUUAAAAUGUAUAAUUGGGAAAAAUUAAUUCAAGAACAAAUAUAUCAAUUACGUCAAAAUGAACUUGAUAGUAUUCGAUGUGCUUCUCGUUUUCGAGCAUUAUAUACAAAUCAAUUCUUUGUAUCAACAUCUAUAUUAGCAUUUGUGACAUUUUCUAGUACAUGGUUAUUAAAUUAUUCUAUAGAUUCGAUCAAUAUAUUUACUACUUUAGCUUUUUUUUCUUUAAUACGUGAUGGAUUUAUGUAUUCUUUUCCAGAUAGUCUUGAAAAAUUAACUGUCGCACAGUUGGCAUCUAAAAGAAUACAAUCACUUCUUAUGUUAACGAUGCAACAUGAAGAGAAAUAUUUACCAUCAAUAUCUUCAAUUAAUAAUUCACAACAAGUAGGAGGAAUUUUUAUGAAAAAUGCAUCAUUUUCUUGGUCUAAUGAUCAAUCUUGUUUAUCAUCACUUAAUGUCACUAUUGAAUCAGGUUCAUUAAUUGGUAUAGUUGGAUCAGUUGGAUCAGGUAAAUCAUCUUUUCUUCAAGCUAUUCUUGGUGAAAUAAAUUUAAUUAAUGGUCAAAUUGAUACAACCAAUAGUUCAUUUGCUUAUUCAGCUCAAAUACCAUGGAUAUUUGUUGAUACAUUAAGAAAUAAUAUUCUUCUUAAUCAAGUAUAUGAUGAACAACGUUAUAAAGAUAUAAUUUAUGCUACUUGCCUUGAUAUUGAUAUUCAAUUAUUAGGAUUAGCAGGUGAUUUAACAAUGAUUGGUGAAAGAGGUAAGAAUCUCAGUGGUGGACAAAGAACACGAGUAUCAUUAGCUCGAGCUUUAUAUACAAAUGCUGAUAUUUAUUUAUUUGAUGACCCAUUAGCUGCUGUUGAUCAACUAGUAGCAAAACAAAUUUUUGAUCGAUGUUUUGGUCCAAAUGGUUUACUAAAAAAUAAAACUCGUCUAUUAGUUACUCAUCAAACACAAUUUCUUAGAGAUGCACAUCAAAUUAUUUAUCUUUCACAAGGACAAAUUUAUCCAUAUGAUUAUUUAAAUCAAAAUAAAAUUAUAGAAAAGCAAGUAAACAAUCCAGAAACAUCGGAUUUAUUAUCUGAUGUGUUAAAUGAUAAACCAAAUAUUGAAGAUAUUCAAUCAAUUAUUGUUGAAGAAAAACCACUCAAUACUAAAAAUAUUAGUUGGUCUCUAUGGUAUCAUCUUUUUACUUCUCCACCAUUACAUAUAUCUGGUUUAUUUUCUCUAAUUAUUCUAUUUAUAUUAACUGAAAUAUUUUAUGAUGGUACUAAUUAUUGGCUUAGUAAAUCUUUAAAACAAUUUAAUACAUAUGAAUGUCAUUCAAUAAAUUUCAUUUCUUCAUAUUUUAUUUUGACAAUAAUAACAGUUUUGAUCAAUUUAUUAUGUUUGAUUUAUUUUUAUUAUAUUAUAUUAAAUGGUACAAAUUAUUUUCAUAAUAAAAUGGUAAAAGGUUUAUUAUAUACAUCAAUGCAAUUUUUUGAAAGUAAUCCUAGUGGAAGAAAUCUUAAUCGAGCAAGUAAAGAUCAAGAAAUAAUUGAUGAACUAUUACCAAGAACAUUACUAACAGGUUUAUUAGGAUUAAUAACAUUAAUUGGUUCAUUUGUUAUUCUUUGUUUUACAAGUCCAUAUUUAUUAUUAUUAUUAUUAAUAUUAAUUCCUAUUUUUCUUCUACUUUUUCAUUAUUAUCAAACAUCAUUAUAUCAAUUAAAGCAAUUUGAAAGUAAAACUCGUAGUCCUAUAUCAAAUCAUGUUAUGUCAUCUCUAAAUGGAACUGUUACGAUUCGUGCAUUAAAAGUUCAAAAUUAUUUUAUUUAUUUAUUUACUAAUAUAAUAGAUAGAAAUACAAAUGCUUGUACUAAUAUUUAUGGAGCAUUAAAUUGGUUUUCAUUUCGACUUGAAUUUAUGGGUGCUUUGAUCAUGUUUGUUGCUACAAUACUUGUUAUUCUCUUUCAUAAUCAAAUAGAUCCAUCAAGAAUUGCUUUUACUUUAGCUUAUGCAAUAUCUGUUUCAUACUGGCCUCAACGAACAAUUCGAAAAAUAACUGAAGCAGAUAUAUUAAUGACUAGUGUUGAACGUAUUAAUGAAUAUGGUCAACUAACAUUAGAAGAAGAUUAUGGAGGUGAUCAAAAAUUAAUAAUUACAUCAGAAACUUGGCCCAAUAAUGGAAAAAUUCAAUUCGAUAAUUAUUCAGUAUGUUAUCGAAUUGGAUUAGAACCAGUUUUAAAAAAUCUUUCAAUUGAAAUAAAACCUGGUGAAAAAAUUGGAAUUAUUGGUCGUACUGGUGCUGGAAAAUCAUCUCUUUUUAAAAGUAUUUUACGAUUUCUUCCUCGAAUAAAUAUAAAUGGAAUAAUUUUUAUUGAUGAUAUUGAUAUUAGUCGAAUUACACUUAAUCAUUUACGAUCACAUCUAAGUGUUAUUCCUCAACAAUCAAUUCUAUUUAAUGGUACACUUCGAUAUAAUCUUGAUCCAUUUAAUCAAUAUUCUGACGAACAAUGUUGGAUGUCACUUGAAGAUGUUCAAUUAAAACAAUUUGUUUCAAAUCAAACAAAUGGUCUUCUUAUGAAUAUUGCAGAAAGUGGUUCGAAUUUAAGUGUUGGUCAAUGUCAAUUAAUUUGUAUUGCUCGAGCUGUUUUAAAAAAAAGUAAAAUUUUAUUAAUUGAUGAAGCAACAGCAAAUAUUGAUCAUAAAACUGAUGAAAAAAUUCAAGAUAUAAUUGCAAAGAAAUUUCAAGAUCGAACUGUUUUAACAAUUGCACAUCGAUUAAAUACAGUUAUGAGAAGUGAUCGUAUACUUGUUUUAGACAAAGGUUUUGUUGUUAACUUUGAUAUACCAUCAAAUAUUUUUCAAUAG